AUGAUGUUUUUAAAUCCGGCGCUACCAGGUAACCGAUGGGCUCUACAAAUGAAAGAAAAAAAAAUAAGUAUUAGAAGUAAUAAAUUACUUAUUAAAUUACUAAGAACACUGAAAGAAGCACAAGCAAUAAUCACCAAUAUUACGAUAUCAAAGAUGUCUGUGGAACUAGUUGAGCUUGUUAAUCAAUAUUUGACACCAAACGUUCCUAUUUCUCCAAUUGCCCAAGGUGCAGAAGCUAUUGUGUUCACCACACAUGUACAUCCAUAUUUACCAAAUGAAAUAACUAAAGAUAUAGAUACAAAUAAAAAAUAUAUAAUUAAAUUUAGGCCACCAAAGAAGUAUAGACAUCCAGUGAUUGAUAAAUCUUUGACUAAACAUCGUACUUUGAGUGAGGCCCGUAUACUAUCAAAACUAUUUCAAAUUGAAGGCUUAAAAGUACCCAGAUUGAUUGCAAUGGAUGCCGUGAAUGGUUAUCUUUGGAUGGAAUUUUUAGGUGAAGAUUUGCCAAAUAAUAAAGGGUUUAGUAAUUUAAAAAAUUUCCUUUGGAUGUAUUCCAGUGAUGGUAGAGAUCCUUAUGAUAAAGUAGUAAAGGAAACAUUAUUUAAAGUAGGAGAACAAAUUGGCUUGUUACACUGGAACGAUUAUUGCCAUGGUGAUUUAACAAGCUCAAAUAUUGUGCUGGUCCGAGAUUCAAACGACAUCGAUAAUUGGAUUCCUCAUUUAAUUGAUUUUGGGUUAGGUUCAACGUCAAAUAUGGUUGAAGAUAAAGGGGUUGAUUUAUAUGUUUUAGAAAGAGCUAUAAUUAGUACACAUUCUUCCUAUUCGGAUAAAUAUAAUGAAUGGCUAGUAAAAGGUUUCAGUUCAGUUUAUGAGAAACAAGGUAAAAACGGCUCUAAGAAACUAGGGGAACUUUUAGGAAGAUUUGAGGAAGUUAGGCUACGUGGUAGAAAAAGAAGCAUGUUAGGAUAG